GUCACGGUCCAGGAGUCGGAGUCGGAGUACGCGGGAAAACGCAUCACGUGUUGUUGAUAAGGUUAAUCAACGGCGAUAAGGCAUCGCGUUAUUCAGUAGACCGUCACAAGCUCCCGCAGAACGAGGUAGCUAAUAGGAAUGUCCCAUAUUGCUAUGGACGUUGAUAUGAAUAGCGAAGAUAGCGAAGAUAGCGAAGAUAGUGAAGAGAAUAUCUACGCUUCGACGAGCGAACCUGUGCCCAUCUUGGCACCCUCCGCCGAUAUUUUACCGCGAUUAAAGACCUUAGCCGCUCAUUUUACCUCCAAAUACAAUGUGGGGCCAUCCUUCUUCGUUCGAGUACCAGGAAGGGUGAAUCUGAUAGGCGAGCACAUCGAUUACUGCGGGUAUGCCGUCCUUCCAAUGGCCAUUGAACAAAAUAUCCUUAUCGCGUUUGCGCUAACGAAAGAUAAUGAGGAGAUUCAUCUCACCAACGUAGAUCCUAAAUACAAGGACUUCCGAUGCAGUUUCGAGAACGUGGGAUCUUGUAUUAGCGAUGAUAGCGAGAGCGGGUCAGCGUGGUACAAAUAUUUUCUAUGUGGUGUGAAAGAAACAGUGGAGAUAAUGGACCGAAUUCGCCUUCCACCGAGACAGCGUCCAAAGGGAAUUCUGGCUGCGGUAUGGGGAAACAUUAUCCCUAAUUCUGGCCUUUCCAGUUCUAGCGCGCUGGUCUCGGCCGCGUUCCUUUCGGUCAUACAUAGUAGUAAGUUCUUUGUGGGGCCCCGUCGCAUGCUAAAGCGUCAUUUUGCGAACUUUAGUGCACGAGCAGAGAAACACAUCGGCACUCAAGGUGGCGGAAUGGAUCAAACCAUCGCUUUUUCUGCAAAAGCAGGUAAGGCCAAGUUGAUAGAGUUUCUCUCGAAUAACGGGGAACUUUCCCACCUCGCAUCUGACGUAACAUUGACAGAAGGCGCAGUGUUCGUAAUAGCGCAUAGUCAAGCGUAUCACAACAAAGCCUCGACCGCCGACUACAAUCUCAGAGUUGCGGAAUGUCGAUUAGCCGCACAGGUAUUUAUAUUUUUAUGUAUGUAUAUAUUAAUGCCGCAUUUUUCUCCCAAGAAAAGGAAUUUUCGUUGCAACUAUUAUUAUAUAUUUCCAAAUGUCAAUUUAGAAUAUAAUUAACGUGAUUAUAAGACCCGAUAUAAUUUACCUUUUCGGUUCAAAUGUCGCGAAGUUCU